AGAAACAUAGAAGUAUAUGUGGAUGAAAUGAUAGUCACCAGCGUGCGAGCUGAGGAUCACAUUGAUGACCUGGACGAAACAUUUCAAAACUUGCGUCGAGCUUAAAUGAAACUGAAUCCCUUGAAAUGCACGUUUGCUGUGGAAUCAGGGAAAUUCCUAGGGUACGUGGUAUCCAAGAAAGGAAUUGAAGUAAACCCAGAGAAGGUUGAGGCCGUUCAGCAGAUGGAACCGCCAAAGACCGUCAAAGACGUGCAGCGCUUGACAGGCCGUGUUGCUGCGCUGCACAGGUUUAUAGCCAGGUCGGCAGAAAGAUGCCUCCCGUUUUUCAAGGCCCUGCGAGAGCCCAAGAAUUUUCAAUGGACUGACACGUGUCAGCAGGCCUUUGACGAGCUCAAACAAUACUUGGCGUCAGCGCCCCUGCUAUCAAAGCCUGUGGAAGGGGAAAGCUUGUAUCUGUAUUUAGGGGUUACAGCAGAGGCGAUUAGCUCGGUCCUACUCAGGGAAGAGAAUAAGAACCAGAAGCCUAUCUGUUAUGUAAGCAAAGUCUUACAGGGCGCCGAGCAGAACUACCCACUAGCGGAAAAGGCCGCUUUUGCCCUGGUUUACACAGCUCGUAAAUUGAGAGCGUACUUCCAAUCACACCAGAUUGUUGUUUAUAUGGAUUUCCCGCUAAGGAAAAUACUGCAGAAGCCAGAGCUCUCUGGUCGGCUCAUCGGAUGGAGUGUCGAACUGAGCGAGUAUGACCUUAAAUUUCAGCCGCGCACAACUAUAAAAGGCCAAGCUGUGGCAGACUUCCUAGUUGAAUGUGCCCCGGCGGCUGUCAAAGAUGAGGUAUCUGAAUACCCAUUUUGGGUUUUGUAUGUAGAUGGAGCUGCUAAUGUCGAAGGAUCAGGUGCUGGAGCUGUGUUACUAGGCCCUGAUGGCUUCAAGUCUGAGCAUGCAUUAAGGUUUAAGUUUCAGACGACCAAUAAUGCUGCAGAAUAUGAAGCCCUCAUAUAUGGAUUGAAACUGGCGACCGAGCUGAAGGUACAACGCAUUCAGGUCUUCAGUGACUCUCAGCUCGUCGUCCGCCAGGUGAAUGGCAGUUGCGACAUCAGGGAUCCCCAGCUCGGUCGUUAUGCCUCUGUGGUCAACAGAUUGAAGUCAAGGUUCGCUUCAUUUCAGAUCGACAAAAUACCGCGGGCAGAUAACCACCGAGCUGACGAGCUGUCAAAAUUGGCCUCUUCGCAGGAUGUUAACCCUCAAAGAUCAACAAUCGUCGAGGUGCUUGACGCACCAAGCUACACUGAUUUCACAGUCGACUGUCAAUUACUCAGUAUAGAUCCCUCUACACCGAGCUGGACUACACCACUUAUGAAUUAUCUGCAAAGUGGCGAGUUGCCUGAAGAUCUGUCCGCGGCAAAAUUGAUUAAACGAAGGGCAGCACAUUUCACUUUGGUAGAUAACCACCUCUACAAAUGUGCAGUCUCAAUGCCCCUCUUACACUGCCUUACUCCUUAUGAAGCUGAAUAUGCCGUGAGAGAAGUUCACGAGGGGGUUUGUGGCACGCACAUCGGUGGCAGAACCUUAGCCCGGAAGCUCCUAAGGCAUGGUUAUUACUGGCCCACUAUGGUCGAGGACGCACAGAAUUAUGUCAAAAAGUGCCCGACCUGCCAGUUCAAUGCUAAUGCUAUUCACAUGCCAGGGGAAAUGCUAUCAUCUCUUGCAUCUCCCUGGCCCUUCGCUCAAUGGGGUGUCGACCUGCUCGGCCCCUUCAUCAAAGGUAAAGGAGGCUGCACUUUCCUGGUCGUUGUAGUGGAUUACUUUACUAAAUGGAUAGAAGCUAAACCAUUGUCCACGACAACAGAAAGGAAAAUUGAAGAGUUCUUGUUCAAUUCAAUAUUGUGCAGGUUCGGCAUACCUAAGCGAAUUAUCGCCAACAACGGGCCACAGUUCCGAGCAGCGGCGUUGAGAUCAUUUUGUAAUGAUUAUGGCAUUGAGCUCGCCUUGACGUCUGUGUAUACUCCACAGUCCAAUGGGCAAGCCGAGUCCGCCAAUAAAAUCGUCUUGCGAGGCCUAAAGGCCCGAGUGUUGGCUACACAUGCUAAUUGGGUGGACGAGCUCAAUAAAGUGCUCUGGUCUUGUCGCACCACACCUAGCUCGGCCACAGGCGAAACCCCUUUCAGCCUGGCCUAUGGAGCUGAAGCCGUCAUCCCAGUGGAGGUUGGAUUGCCGUCCGGUAGAUCAGAUCGCCAUGACGAUCAGAGUAAUGAACAACUCUUAAGAGAGAACCUGGACUUUGUGGAAGAAAUCAGGGAGAUGUCACGAAUAAGAAACAUGGCAUAUCAAAAUCGUGUUGCAAAAUUUUACAAUAAAAGGGUUCGAGCUCGCCAGUUUCAAGUUGGCGACCUGGUGCUACGCAAAGCUAGAUUGACAAACACUUACUCGCACAUGGGCAAGCUCGCUCCUAAUUGGGAAGGCCCCUAUGUGGUUGUUCAAAUUAAGCGACCUGGGUCUUACGUGUUAGCAAAUACACAAGGACGUCAGUUGCCUUACAUUUGGAACAUACACAACCUUAGAAAGUUUUACAGUUAAUAAGUGUCCUGUCGUUUUAUUCAUAAGUGUCCUGCCGUUUUAUUCAUAUUCUUAUCCAGCAAUUGUAAAUAACAAUGUACAGAAACU